AUGCGGGAUACCAAGAUUGAAGAAAACCUGGCCAGAAUGAACUGGAAAAGUAUCCGGGAAGUGCAAAUGCCACGGGGCGAGACGAAGGCUGACACUCCCGAGUUGCUCAAGCUAAAAGGUGCUCAGUUACAGAUCAAAGGAGACACUCAUCAGGCCACAAAGGAUGAAGAACCGAAAUCGAGCAAGCGCCCGAGGAAGGAGGCGAAAGAUUCAACACCAACGGCCGAGAACGUGUCGAAGAAACCCAAAACUAACAGACCGCAGAAAGUCACUACUGAUUCCACGGCAUUGGAGAUUACGACGAUUGAUCCAUCAAAGAGAUUGGGUAUCUUUCGCGACGGCGAGAUGGCCAAGCUGGAGUUGGCAGGGCUCGAGAUGCCAGUUGACAAAGCCCCAGCUAAGGAGAAGCGGAAAUUCAAAGCAGCAAUUGUGUCAGCAGUUGGGGCAACGGAGAAAAUGUACCAGAAGAGACUUGGUACAAGCCCUGGACGUGGGCACUUGAAGUUCGAUGAGGAACGGGGCAGAGAAGAUGAAGUAGCGGGAGAUUCGACAGCCUCAAUUCAGGGCCUUGGGGGGAGCGAGACCAACAAGAUGAGUACAGCCAGCAAAUACCUUCUUCGGAAUAUCGGCUACGCAGUCACACAGAGGAAGUUGAAGACGUUUAAUCCAGACGGUACCUCAAAGACGAAGAAGAAGAUAUCUGAUGCGGAAAGAUACCCCAAAUUAAGCAGAGACCACCCAAACUGGAAAAAGGCGUUCACAAAGGACCAGAUCGAGGAGAUCAUCAACACAUACAGAUCCGAUAAGCAAGAGAGACACAAAAAUGCUCCCGCCUACUUUGACAAUCGAGGAUUCUUAAGACUAUCGAAGGAGUUGAACAACACGAUCAUUGAGGAAUGGGUCGAAAAAGCGCAGCCGCUUUUGAGGGUACGUCAGGAGUGGCUACAAACAUGUGAUGAGAACUCGUCAGAAGAUCGCCCAGAGCCCCAAUGGCCAGACGAUCUGUGGCCUGAGAAGGUGGUCCGGGGGCUGCUUGCGAAUGCCACAAGCACUCUAGGGAGGUUACAUUCCCAAGGCUUGUUGAAUGCAAAGGGCAAUUAUCGGGAAGCGCCUCUGAAGAAGGUCGGAAAUGUCCACGAUGCAUCCGGGAGAUUUGUGCGCACCUCGUAUCUACCCGGUGGUCUGAGGCCAGUGAAUAAGUUGGGGACGAACGAAUGUAUAGCGAUGGUACUGGGACAGCAUAUCGACGAGAACGCCAAAGGAGACCCGAAGCAAAGACUGGACAUCGCGAGAAGCACUUUCAACAAAGCAGUAUUAUCCUUCGUGGAAGACAAGGUGAGGAUCGACGAAUCAAUCCAGGCAGUGUUGAAAUCGAUCAAAGAAAAGGCCCGGGAUGAUGCGGAAGAACUCAGGGAAUCGACCCCGUCGGAUGAUAGUGGUCAAGAGUCAACCCACUUGUGGUUCAACCGACUGGCCAGUAUGGAAAUGCUUGACAACGAAGUUGAUCGAUACGAAGAAUCGUCCGGGUGGGAUUCCUCGGAGUCGGAGGCCGAUGCAAAUAAUGUGUUCGUGGACAAGAAAGAAGUAGAUGACCUGUUACGAGACAUGGCAACAGAAGAGGAGACGACGAUGACGACCAGACUGCGCCCUCGAAAGUCAAGCAUGCUCAAGAAUGUGAUACAGUGUGCAUUGGGUGUGGUUGACAGAGCUUCAGUACCUGAGGAACUUAUCAACAUGCAACUGGACGUGGCGCGAGACAUUCAUGACCGUGAGGACUCAGGAAGUGAGGAAGAACAGGGCUCGGACGUCUCGAACGGUACGAAUGCACCGGCCUAA